CUGGUGCGUUGAAUAGGAGCUUUUCCUGGGCGUGAAUAGCAUAAUCGUCACAAUGGCUUCUCUCAUGCGACAGUCUUGCCUCUCUGCCUUCCGGGCGCCGUUGGCGACUAGGAACACCGUUGGUGUCUCGCAGGUCGUGGCCUUCCACGCCUCCGCGAAGAAGCAGAUUCUGCCCCCUUUGCCUCAGACCAUCCAGGGAACAAUGAAUGACCCAGCUCCCAUUCCUAAACCCCACCCCUCGCACGGUAGCUACCAUUGGACUUUCGAGAGACUGGUCGCUGUUGGCCUGAUCCCUCUCACUAUUGCUCCUUUCGCUGCCGGAUCCCUCAACCCCGUCACGGAUGCUGUCCUCUGCUCGCUCCUUGUUCUGCACUCGCACGUUGGAUUCCAGGCUUCUAUUAUCGACUACUUCCCCACGCGCCGUGUUCCUAAGACCUCCACAUUGUUGAACUGGCUCCUGCGCGGCUUCACCCUUACUACAGCUGUCGGUCUGUACGAGCUCGAGACAAACGACGUCGGCCUGACGGAGACCAUCAAGCGGGUUUGGAAGGCGUAAACGGAGCUUAUAUGAUUUCUUUCUUUUGCCAAUCUUGAUUUUUUUAUUUGUCAUUUUAUAUCAGAUUUGUUUUUCUAUGUUAGGCGUCUGCCCUUGUAUACUUGCUUCACCGGUAGGCCAACCAAGGAUAGACCUGGUUCUGCCGCGAAUAAAAUGUGACCGUUCCGAUUAUUCCUCCAGG